ACACUUUUUUUUGUCUGUUUCAAAGUUUUAAAAUAAGUUGGAUGUUCUCGCGACUUUUUAUUCUACUUAUCGAUGAGUUUAAAAAAAUAUCGGUAAUUUCCUGCGAUAAGCAGAAGGAAUUCGCGGUUUAUUUCGAAAAAAUUUUCAGUUUUCCAGCAUAAAUUCUAAUAAAAAUGAUAAGCAUGUUUCGAAAAAACCAACAAGUAAGCAAUGUUUAUUGGACUGAGUUUAAGCAAACUCUUAAUUUGAGUGGAAUGAGAUACGCAAACGUUACGCUUAAUUAGGGCCUCACGCAAUCCUUAUUGUUAUAGAAUGCCCCAGGGAGCUGAGGCCUUUCGUAAUGGGUUUCGUUUACCUCCGGCAGUUGACUUUGAGAUGAGGGAGUCACUGGUCGCACUGCUGCUCCUGCCAAUAGUUUGUGCCGCUUCCCAUUUUGCAUCUGCGGAAUGGAGGCUGGCGAGGAUGAGCUGCCGCAUCGUCAUCCAGCAGAACACGCAGAUCACCUACAUCUACAGAUGUGUCAGCUGCCUGGGCGCAAGCACACCCGAACAUUUGGAACUGGAGUUGGAGCUGCAUCGAUGUGUGGGCAGUCAAGUGGCCACGGUGACGCGCCACAUCGAGAGCCACGAACUGGAGCCCCUGCGUCGGACAGACAGCAUAAGCAUCUUUCAUAUUCCCGCUGGAAACGAUGGGGAUGCCCUGGUGCGUCGCAUAAUAAAUAUGCUCAAUCCGAGACAGCCUCGCAAGCACCUCCACAAAUACAUCUUUCUCUGGCCCGGCGCCAGUAUGGAGCAGCUGCAGGACCUCUUCUCUGGAUGCUGGGCGAAGCAGUUGUUGUUUGGGCUGGCGAUCACUCGAGUGGACGAUGGCAUCUUUGACUUUGAUCCCUUUGCCGAGGGUGGUCUUCGGGUGGUGCAGCAACGCGAUCACUCUGCUAGCUACUCCGACAAGCUGAAGGAUAUGCGAGGAUUCGAGCUGCGCUACUCCAUGUUCGCGGAUCCCCUAAUGGCCAUACCGAUACAACCGGUGGCGAGAUACGGAUACGGAGCAGUCGAUGGAGUAGCAGCCCGCGUGGCCGCAGAGAUUCUAAACGCCAGCGUGACCUACGUGCUGCCCGAGGACAAUGAGUCCUACGGCCGCUGUCUUCCAAAUGGAAGCUUCACUGGCGUAGUCAAGGAUCUCACCAGCGACAAGACGCACUUUGGUCCCAACUCACGCUUUGUCCUGGACUGCAUGUGGCCACAGGUGGAGGUUCUAUAUCCACACACGCGCAGAAUGCUCUAUCUGGUGGUGCCUGCGUCGGACAUUCAGCCGGAGUACCUGAUCUUUCUUCGGGUCUUUCGACGGUCCGUGUGGCAUCUUCUGCUGGCCAACUUCCUGCUGGUCGUCCUCUUCUUCUGGCUGUUGCAGCGAUUGCAGAAGCGAGUGCCAAGGAGAUGGGAUAUGGGGCGGAGAUUCCCUUUUGCUCGUUGGUACGAGAUUGUCGAAACCUUUGGCAAGUCCCAUUUGGGGGAGCCUGUGGAAAGAUUCUCGCAGAUCAGCUCGAUGCGGGCCUUCCUCAUGUGUUGGAUUCUCUUCAGCUAUGUCGUGACAACCAUUUACUUUGCCAAACUGGAGAGCGCUUUUGUACGGCCAACAUACGAGGCGCAGCUGGAUAAUUUGGAUGGACUUUCCAGCCUCAAUGUGCGCAUCUAUGCGGUGACGACCAUCUUCGAUGCGGUCAAGUCCACGCUGUCGGAGCGCCACUACAGCUUGUUGGCCAGCAGGAGCAGGCAAUUGCCAUUGGCCCUGACCACCUCCUAUUACCAGCUGAUAGUAAGUCGCAGGGAUAGACGAUCCGCUUUCAUAAUGAGAGAUUUCCAUGCGAGAGACUUCCUAGCCCUCACCUACAAUGCCCAGGCGGAUCGUCCCUCCUAUCACAUCGUUAAGGAGUACCUUAGGUCCAUGUUGUGCACAUACAUUAUGCCGCUGGGUUCGCCUUUCCUUUACAAGUUUCAGUCGCUCUUUACGGGCUUUCAUGAGCACGGAUUCUACGAGCAUUGGCGCCAAAUGGACUUAAUUACUAGGGAUGGCACAUCGCCCAAUGCAGAGGAGUUUUAUGAGGAGUUGGGCGACCAAACGGAUACGGAUCCUGCUGUCGCCGACGCCGCAGGCAAUCGACGGAAGAAACAUGUGGUGCUCACACUUGAUGUAUUGCAGGGUGCUUUCUAUUUGUGGUCGCUGGGUAUUGUCCUGAGCAGCUUUGGCUUUCUGCUGGAGCAUGGCUAUUGCUUUUGGAAAACGCAACAACACAAACCUUACAAUAUCACUUAAAUUUUUAACGAAAUACA